ACUCGCUCGUUUGCCAGGUCUACCUGGAAUUAUAAUGAAAUGCCGGGGCUUGAUCCAACCUUGGUAGCACAUUCUUUGAAUGUUGAUCCUAGUAUAAAGCCAAUUGAGCAGCCAAAUCGCGCCUUCCAUCCAGAGGUUACUCUGAAAAUUAAAGAAAAGGUUGAGAAGCUCUUGGUUGUAGGAUUCAUCAAACUAACAAAGAAGCCGACUUGGCUAGCCAAUAUUGUACCAGUUCGAAAGAAGAAUGGGCAAAUUAGGUGCUAUGUUGACUUUUGCGGCCUCAAUAAGACCUGCCCCAAAGAUGAAUUCUCUGUCCCAAACAUGGACGUAUUGAUGGACAAUACUGCUAGUUACAAGAUGUACUCUCUCAUGGAUGGCAGUAGCGGGUAUAACCAAGUCAGUAUGUGCCCCAGUGAUGCAGAGAAAAUUGCUUUUCGCACCCCUAUUGAUAAUUUUUACUAUGUUGUUAUGUCUUUUGGACUCAAAAAUACUGGGACUACUUAUCAAAGAAUCAUGGUCGUAAUCUUUCAUGAUUUCAUCCACAUAUAUAUUGAAGACUACAUUGAUAACAUUGCGGUGAAGUCCAAAACAAGACUGGGCCACUUCAUUGUGUUAAGGAAAGUCUUCGACAGAUGCCGUCUAUAUAAGCUAAAAAUGAAUCUAGCGAAGAGUGCAUUUGGUGUUUCUGCUAGGAAAUUCCUGGGAUUCCUCAUGAGUAAACACGGUAUCAGUGUAGAUCCGGCCAAAUUUGAAGCUAUAUGAGCCAUGCAGCCACCUAAGAACCUCAAACAGCUACGAAGCUUCGUCGACAAGGUCUCGUAUAUUCGUAGAUUCAUCCCUUCGUUGGUAGAAAUACUAUCUGCAUUUAGCCUUUUGCUGAAGAAAGGAGCUGCUUUCGU